AUGUCCUCCGGAUUCGUAUCAGCCGGAACCGACCAGGAGCCCAUAGAGCGCGACGAUGAGUGGCUCCGCGCCCAACAGGAGCUGGAGGAGGAGCGGCGGCGCAAGGCAGAACUAGGCAAGCAAGCCGAGGGCAAAAGUCUCUAUGAAGUGUUGCAGCAGAACAAAAGUGAGUCUCCGGGGUGGUUGUUCCUCUGCGAUGAAAAAGUGGCCAAACAGGAAGCUUUUGAGGAGAAAAUUAAAUUGAAGAAUCAGUUCCGUUCGCUUGACGAAGAUGAGAUCGAGUUCCUGGACUCGAUUAUGGAGUCGACGCGCGCGCAGGAAGCCGCCGUGAAGAAGGAGACUGCUGAGCAGCUUGAGGCUUUCCGGAGAUACCGGGAGGAGGCGGAGAAGGUUGCGCUUGAGGAAGGGACUGCAGAUGUUACUCCCGCCGCUGAGGGGGAGGAUUGGAAGAUCCCUGCGCGUAAGAGGAGGAGGGACAAGAAGGAUCUUUUGCUUCCUGGGAAGAAGCGCAAGUCUACCGCCGAAGGUAUGGGAGAGACUCUGUCGACUGGAGAGCAGAAGUUGGAUCAAGAGGACAAGGAUUCUGGGAAAGACGAUAAGCAGCCUGUUCCGGUUCCGGCUGAAGCUGCUAAAGUUCAGAAGUCACGGCCACCUGCGAACACAGCGACUUCUGCUAGCCCCAUACAGGCCGGGGGUGUGAAUGUAACAGCGUCUGAACAGAUUGAGAACAAGCAAGCCGGCAAGCCAGCUCCCAUAUCUCUUGGCUUGUCCGGCUACAGUUCCGACUCUGAGUAA